GAUUUUCUUCUUAAGGAAAGAACUACAAGAUAGGAACAAUGGACAAAUUAAGGGAGACAUCUCCGCCGCUCGAUCAGCAAUAGGCCGUUGAUUGCACCAAUAAGAAUUGUUGCUUGAGAUCGAAAUUCCAAGGCGGAUCAAGAGCCAAACAAAGCCGAACCACCUUAAAUCGCAAGCUGGCUUCAGUGUCACUGUCAAGUAGAUCAACGACCACUUUGAAGAUAUCGUCAACUGUUGCGUUUUUCAAUUCUAAAACCCGUGCUCAAUUUCUCUCUGCAGUAUGCACACACACUAAGCUCGCAUUAUUCCGCAUACACAUUACAUCCGUUUGGUAAAUUUAACAAAAGCGUGCAUUAGCUGAAGUGAUUUCUACAGGAGUUAAUCUUAAAGGUGUGAAACUUUGGUGGCUUCCGGCAGUCGAUUUUAUUUUCUCACUCUCACUUCUUUCAGCCAUGUCUUGGAAAGUUAUAGUAGUUUUGUUAGUCGGGUUUCUGGCAUGGGCUUACAUGGCGUUUUGUCCUCCACCUCCUCGGCCUUGCGGUUCCCCUGGCGGUCCGCCUAUCGAAGGACCUAGAAUCAGACUUAGAGAUGGACGACAUUUAGCAUACAAGGAGCAUGGAGUCCCCAAAGAGACAGCUAAAUAUAACAUCAUCUUGGUUCAUGGCUUUAGCUCUAGCAGACACGAGGCUUCUAUUGCUACAUCGGAAUUGGUUCAGAAGCUGGGGAUAUACUUUGUGUCUUUUGAUAGACCAGGUUAUGGGGAGAGUGAUCCCGACCCAAAGCGAACGAUACAAAGCACAUCAUUAGACAUAGAGGAGCUUGCUGAUAAAUUAGAACUUGGUCCGAAGUUUUACAUUAUUGGAAAUUCCAUGGGAGGGCUGGUGGUCUGGGGAUGCCUCAAGUACAUCUCUCACAGGCUGGCUGGAGCAACGUUAAUAGCUCCAGUUGUCAAUUACUGGUGGCCAAGUUUUCCUUCUAAUUUAUCUGCGGAAGCAUACCGGCAGCAAUUCCCACAAGACCAGUGGGCAUUACGAGUGGCACACCAUGCUCCCUGGCUCGUCUACUGGUGGAAUACUCAGAAAUGGUUUCCUCCUUCUAGUGUUAUAGCUGGAAAACCUAGAUUUACUGCCCCGGAUCUUAAAGUUCUCUCAAAACUUGGUGCGAGACUGGCUAACAGGGAAUACGCCACGCAACAGGGACUAUACGAGUCACUUCACCGUGAUAUGAUGGUUGGAUUUGGGCACUGUGAAUUUGAUCCUAUGAAGCUUGAGAAUCCUUUUCUUGACGGACAAGGUUCCGUUCAUGUGUGGCAUGGCGUUGAAGAUGGUAUAGUGCCCGUCAUCCUGCAGCGUUACAUUGCUAAGAAGCUUCCCUGGAUACAAUACCAUGAACUACCGAAUGCUGGACAUUUGUUUGCAUUUGCUGAAAGUAGCGUCAAAGAUGCUAUCUUGAAUGCACUUUUGACAGGCUACAAGUAACGUUACAAAGGACAUUGAUGUCUCAUGUGCUUAAUUUCAAAUUAUUGCAAACUCCCCGGAUGUUUGAAUCCGUACAUUAUUCAAUGGAGUAUCAUACAAACCACUGCAAUGUUAAUAACAAGUGCUUCUCAUCUGCAA